AUGUCAUCGCCCGAGAACCCCUCACAACAACCCUCCCGUCCAACAAACGCGGGUCGUUCAGUGACUGCUCCACAACUAGAUCAAGCCCUCCAACAAGAGCUGCCGACACAUCGCAGCUUGCACCAAUCCCUCAAAGAAUACACACAUUCAUCAACGGAUAGCUCAAAGCAAGAUGGCUCCGACAAGAUCAAUGACCUGGGCAAAUCACGAUCAAACUCCCAAUCAUCCUCCUCCCCAACCGAACCACCUGCAUCCAAAAUCUCCUUCCCCACUCGCUCCAGCUGGCGCACCUACUUCAUGCAAGAAGUUGCAACAGACCGCUACCUCGAAGCCCAACUCCUCCUCAUGACCCUCACGACUGGCGUCCUCGAUGCAAUGACAUACUCAACGUACGGCGUCUUCGCCUCCAAGCAGACAGGCAACACUCUCUUCCUCGCCCUCUACGCUUCCGGCCACGAGGCUUUAGGUCCCGGAUUUGAGAAGAAUGUCGGGAUAUCUAUCUCUGUAUUCAUCCUUGGCGCUGCAUUUUUCGGACACUUGGGGCAUGUAUCGCGGCAGAAGAGGAGGGUAUGGUUACUGGUUUCGAAUGCGUUCCAGGCGCUGCUCAUGUUAGCAGCUGCAGCGAUACGAUACUUCGUUUCACGCCGCGAGACUGGCUCAGGCGCCCUGGCGAUUCUCGCGUUGUUGAGUUUCGCAGAAGCAGGACAGAUCGCCACGGCGUUGAACGUGGGCAUGCCAGAGUUGAACACGACGAUGAUUACAGGCGCUCUGAUACAACUGUGUACAGACCGGAGGAUCUUCGCUUGGAGGAAUGUGAAGAGGAAUCGACGGUUGGCAUUUUUCGCAUCGAUUUUGGCCGGUGGAUUCGUGGGCGCGGGUACGAUGAGAUGGCGGAGUCCGAGUGCGGCCUUGGUGGUUGCGGCGGCGAUCAAGGGGUUUUUGGUGAUCACUUUCCUUGGCAAUCGGGGCUUGGUGGAGAGAACGAAAGUGUUGGAGGACGGCGGGCACAAGGUCGAGGGAACGGCCACGCCGGCUACGAGGGUAUUGUGGGGAGACUGA